AGCAAUCAAUAUAUUUGAUCAAAGCGAUGGGUCUAUCUACGGCACGCAAGCUACUCGUAGUUUUCCUGGUUACUGCGUUCGUCUUCUCCGGGAGUGCUGACGCCUGGAGCUGGAGUUGGGGUUCUGGUUCCAACGGGGGUUGGGGAUGGAGCUCCGGCAACUCUGGCGGUUCUUCUGGCUCGGGUUCUGGUGGUUCAGAACACUCUAACUCAGGUGGUUCAAGCUGGGGUUACGGAUGGAGCUCAGACGGAACAAAUAUUGACUGGGGUUGGGGAAGCAGCUCUGGCUCAAACCAUUCUAGCGGUACUGGCUCUACACGCAAAAGUCACAGCCCUGGCCAAAAUCACUCAAGCGGCACUAACCCUACACACAACAACCAUAGUUCGGGCUCAAACCACUCAAGCAUCGUUGGUUCUACACACAACAAUCAUAGCUCGGGCUCAAACCACUCAAGCAUCACCGGUUCUACACACAACCACACGGCUCCAAUAAGGAGGGGGAGAAAGAUUGAGGUUACUGUGUGGAAAAACGGAUACGGUUACACAGAAUGGGCUACAAAGCAUGCCCCUUUCUACGUCAACGAUAUUCUUGUUUUCACGUACAACAACAAGAAUGAUCAAACCCAAUCCAAGACGACGAAGCACCACAACAACAACAAGAACGACGUCUACUUGCUUCCAGACAUGAAGAGUUUCAAGACAUGCGAUUUGGCCAGAGGCAAGAAGCUGGCCGCACGAGGAGGUUCAUCAUGGGGCUUCAAGUUACUUCUACGUAGGGUUCAGACUUACUACUUCGUCAGUGGAGACCACAACGGCUGCAACCACAACAUGAAGUUCUCUGUCCACCCGAUUCUACACCCUUCUUCCCACUAACUAUAGAUCCACUUGUUCUUUCCUUUUCUUUGAAGUUUAAACUUUGAGUUAGUUCU